AUGUCGCUAGUUCAUACCAUGCUCCCACGGCUGCCUUCUGCAACGGCCAUUCUGUUGCUCACCUCUAUUCUUGCGCCAGCCAACGCCCACGUGCUACCUCGCCAGACGUUGACGAUUGACUACCGCCAACUCGACGUCCUCCCGUACCCGCCGCUACCAACUGCCGCUUCGCUGUUGCCUUACGACCUGCUGAGGAGGCAAGAGGAGAAUACGAUAUGUGGCUACGUCGGCGGCGACCCUGCCCUUCCCGCCACAUGCUCGGCCGGCUCGCACUGCGUUGUGGACCAGGGCGUAGGCGCCAUCGGAUGCUGUCCCAACGGCGGCGGCGCAUGCACGACGGGUGUCUUUACCGGCUGCGUUGACGCCAACAGCGGACCCCAGACCGAGCUGAACCCCUAUGUCUUCACUUGCGUCGGCUCCGACGUUUGCUACAGGAACACCUUUGAGGGCGGAAACUUCCAAUACGGCUGCGGCUCCGCCUCGGACAUGGCUGCCACCGUCGUAGCUACCGCCUCCGGCGUGACGGCCCUGCCUGCACUCGAGACCGUUUCGGCGCCCCUAACGGCCACGCCUAGCCAGCUGUCCGAGCCUACGACGCUCGGAUCUCUCGGCGUCGUCUUCAACGUCGACAGACGACUCGUCUCUACCUCGGCAGCCGCUGAAUCCUCUACCGCCUCUGGCGAGCCUGUCACGGAAGCGCCAGAUGCGUCUUCCUCAGGUGGUGUCAACAAGACUGGGGCCAUUAUCGGAGGCUCCAUCAGCGGCGCCGCCGUACUCAUCGGUCUGCUUGUCGUUGGUCUCUUCUGCUGGAAACGAAAGCGUGGCAAUAAGCGCCAAGGACCUGGUCCCAAGGAGAAUAUUCGCUACAUUAGCCCCAUGACCGGUGCCUCUGGCUUCGCUCCCAUUGGAUCUGGUCGAGACACGUACGAGCAGGCCUACAUGCCAGGCCAAAAUGGCAAUCAGACGACCAUCAUCAGCAACAAGGGCAUGGCGCAGCCCGCCCAUCAUCCCACGGCCGAACUCGACCAGCCGUUUGGCUAUGGUCCCUCGGGCGAGGUCGUUCCCAUGCGCGCAACGCACAACGCCCAGGGCGGCAGCGGCAAUGAUGACCAGGUGCCGCUGACGCAGGAGUACGACGAAUUCUCACGUGGUUUAAACGAAGCUCUGACGCGCAUCGACGAGGAGGACAGCCGGCCCGCGACGGCCGUCAACAAUAGCAGCAUGAGCGGCAGCGGCAACGCCUUCACCCCAUCCGCCGAGGACGAGGCGGACCUGUCGCCAACGCGACGCUACGUCCGAGGGAACGGCGGCGGCCCGCUGUGGCAGCAGAACCGCCAGCAGAGCAGCCGUAACAUGAUGUGGAUGUAA